AUGUACAGGGACACAAUGAGAUUAUCUUUGGUUUGUUGGGAUCAAGCCAUAUGCAGCAAGCAGGUCGAACGUGCUGUGGAACAACAGCAGCUGCCCAAGGGGAACACAGGCCAAUUCGCUAUUGUCCCUGGUGAUUGCAAAUCAUUAGCAAAUGUGCAGAAGUUUUCGCAAGUGCAAGGUGCAGCCUCUGCACAGCCAGAUAGUGUGGAAUACCGAGGUCCCUUUGAGUUUGGAUUUGGCCAACCUCUGAUAUGUGCCAAGUAUCCUUAUGGAGAGCAGUGCUAUAGGUUAUAUAUACAGCUUAUGGACCUCAGGUUGUGGGGCGAAUCAUGCUGCCACUGAAUUUGGCGUCGAAUGAAGGCCCGAUAUUCGUGAAUCCUAAGCAGUACCAUGGGAUAAUUAGGCACAGGAAGUCCCGUGCAAAGGUUGAAAUGGCGAACGUAGUGCCUAAAUCCUGCAAGGUAAGACACUUGCCUUUAUAAGGUUUUGAUGGGGAUAACCUUAUUC